AUGCGCGUCCUUAGCAUUGGUACAGGACUCGGUGACGUCGUGGCCAUCAAAGAUAAGCGACUAUCGAUCCUCAAAGCGCUGAAGGACAUGGCCACGUCCUCGAAGAAGGUUGCGCAGAGGCUAGAUGGCCAAUUUGGCGACACUAGCCAGUACUCUCGGUUUAACGUCGAAAGGGGCCUCGAGGAUAUUACGUUGUCAGAUUGGGAAAAGCGGAGCACGAUCUCGGCUCAUACACAUAACUAUCUCCGAGAGAACCAGCGGUCGGUUAAGAAGUUUGUGAAGAACUUCUUGGUGGAGACCGAAUAUGGAUCCCGCAGCGGCAUAGCACCGGCUGAGCAGGCUGCGGUUGCCGAAGGAAGCCAAGAACUGCCGGGGAGAGCAGUUCUUAUUGGAGCUGGGAAUGGGCGCAGAGUUCCUCACGAAGCGCCACCAUCGGCAUCAAACGACGUGCAGGCAGGACAGGCCGAACUAGGCGGAACAAACCACUUCCCCUCGCCUUGCCACUACAUCCCGCUACCCGAGAAUAGCCGUUUCGUUGGACGGGAGGCCGCGCUGCUCUACGUGCAGCAGAGGCUGUUUGGCCCGGCGCACAGCCGCGGCAGGAUCGCCGUCGUCGGGCUCGGCGGCAUCGGCAAGACCCAGGUUGCGCUGCAGGUGGCGAACUGGGCGAAGAAGAACCGCCCGCAAUACUCGGUCCUCUGGUUGCCGGCACUUAGCAACACCACGUUCGAGCAAGCCUGCACGGAGAUUGCGAAGAGGCUAGGCAUCCGUCGAGCCGACGACUGGGAUAUCAAAGAAACGGUGCAGCAGUACCUGAGCUCGGACAAGGCUAGGCCGUGGCUCCUUGUUGUAGAUAACGCCGACGAUUUGGACAUGGUCCUUGGGGGCUUGGAUAGCCUUGGAUUAAUUGACUGCUUGCCCCGAAGCGAGCAUGGCAAAAUUAUGUUCACAACACGUUCGGUGGAGGUGGCGGAGGCGGUUGCCGAGGGUGGCGUGAUUAAGCUGGCGGAUAUGGAUGGCCGAGAAGCGCUGGAUCUACUAGAAAAGUGCCUCCAGCGACGAGACCUGCUUUCCGACAAGACGGGCACAGGGAAUGCUGUGGCUACUACGUGGCUCGUGUCGUUCGACCAGAUCCGCAAAUUGGACACCGCGGCGGCCGAUCUCCUGAUGUUCAUGUCGCAUAUCGAACCUAAGGGCAUACCGCGGUCGAUCCUACCGAGUGCGGAGUCACAGGAGGAGAUGGUGCAUGCGAUCGGAACCCUAUAUUCAUACGCGUUUCUUAACCGGCGCGAGCAGGCGGUGGUCCUUCUCGAGAAGGUCUUAGCGAUACGGGAGCAAAUACUUAUCGAGACGCACCCGGACCGGCUUACAUCGCAGCAUACGCUUGCCGUCGCCUACCGGGCUAACGGCCAGGUUACUGAAGCGGUGGUCCUUCUCGAGAAGGUCGUAGCGAUACGGGAGCAAAUACUUAUCGAGACGCACCCGGACCGGCUUACAUCGCAGCAUGAGCUUGCCGUCGCCUACCAGGCUAACGGCCAGGUUACGGAAGCGGUGGCCCUUCUCGAGAAGGUCGUAGCGAUACGGGAGCAAACACUUGUCGAGACGCACCCGGACCGGCUUGGAUCGCAGCAUACGCUUGCCGUCGCCUACCAGGCUAACGGCCAGGUUACGGAAGCGGUGGCCCUUCUCGAGAAGGUCUUAGCGAUACGGGAGCAAACACUUAUCGAGACGCACCCGGACCGGCUAGCCUCGGAAGGUUGGCUUACGUAUAUAAUGGAUAAUCUUAACGUCUAA